GGCCUCAGGCGGGCAUUCAAUAAUUUUUUUUCUAGUAAAGGAAAGAAAGCUUUCGAUCUUGAUUUAUAUUAACGUUAAAUACUUUUUUUUCAAGUAUUUAACAAAGCAAUAUUUAAUUAUUGCUUCUUGAAACAGAUUUUCAUUUUAUUAUUUCCCUCAUCGUCUAAACAUCUUGUUAAAAUGGCUCAACAACAAUUACAAAAAUAUGAGCUUACUCCACCAAAAAAUUUAGUUCGUCUUCACAAAGAGAGUAUCGAGUUAGGCUUUCCCGAUUUUUAUCCUCCAAAAUCCGGUCAGGAUGAAGACCAGAUGACCGAAGAAAAUGUAAAAAAAGGAUUUAUUGAUUCCCCAUUCGUUCAAAACGAACAUUUUUCUGCUCACGAUGUGAUAUUUGAUGAAUUAAAGAAACCCGAUACUUUAAAGAACCUUGGUGAUUUCAUGACAGAUGUAAUGAAACGCAAAAAUGAAACGACUUUCCAAGGAUCUUCGCAAUUUAUGGGUCCGACCAUUGUAUGGGUCACUGUUGAAGAACGAGACAAAUGGUUGCGAGACCUUGCUGGAAAUGUACCGUUGAAAAUAUUAGCAAGGAGCGUUCCUAAAGGCGUUGAUGGUAAAGAUUUGCUCGAAUCUGUCACGUUAUAUCGUGUUCCACUGGCUCGUGCAACAUGGUUUACUAAAGUUGUCGGCAUAAAUAAAAUAAUACAGCGUGGAAAUACAGAUUAUACGAAGGAAUGGACAAGUAUAUUUUAUCAUUUCAUACGGGAUCAAAGCUUAAGCCAUGAUCCUGAUAAAUGGCGAUAUAGUAUAUUGCUUGCCAAGUGGCAAUUCGAUGAACAGUUACUUGACCAACGACUGUUAAGAUUUACGUUGGAACAGUUGGACGAAGCUGAUCAUUGUCAAACCCCAAUGUGGCUUUGGUUGGUUCAGCAGUUUCUUUCUGAAUUUCAAAGGUCACGAACUUUGAUGCGUUUAUUAAUCGAAAUUAUAAUUAAGAAAUUACAAGACAUACAUCAACAUCCUCAUAUAAUAAUAAAACUUGAACUAGUCGUAAAGCUGUUGAAAAAUAUGUUACAUACUCUAUUUAUUACAACACCCGAUAUGUUUGUAUUUCCGGUAUGUUGGAAUACGUAUAAAGAUUUACUACGCGUUGUCCUAGUUGAUGAUGAUUCUAAAACCGAUCCUCCGAAUUUAAAACAUCAAAGAGAGCGGUAUUUUGAAGCGGUUCGUUCAAGAAAUGAAAUAUUUGAUGAUAAAAAAAUAAAUCCGCUUGGAAUGAGUAAUGCUCGAGAUGCGUUAGAUUCUAGGAUGAUAAGUAUUCUAGACAAAAUAACUUAUCGUAUCGAUUACCAUAAUAUUACAGCCGAAUACUUCCGUACAAAUAGUAAUUUCCAAAUGAUGGAAAGGGAAGUUUCGAGACAUAUUCACACACUAUGUCGUUGGACUAUAACACCCUUUCGAGAAGGAGAUUUUCGAGCAUAUUCUGUAAGUACAAUACUGGAUAUUUGGAAAAAUGGAGUAUCUGAUGUCAAAGAAAAGUUGGAACGAGAAACUAUUAUUCAAUCUUCUUUAGUUGAAUUUUUGGACAUAUACCCAUUUGGAGUAAACGGACUUAAUGAGCGAGAAGAAUCAGAAGCAAUAGCCAGGCUUUUUGGAGUGCUCACAAAAAAUGGUCAUUUUUCGUAUCAAAGAUAUUUACAACGUUUGAUUGCAAGAGGUGACGUCAGACCUGAGAAGCGGACUACGGAGAGAUCUCUUCGUCAUUUAAGAUAUGUGAAGUGGUUUGCAAUUUAUGAAACCGACUUACAUGAUUUAAAUCAUAGUAUAAAUCAACGAUGGCAUAUUUUGUAUGGUAUUAAUAGUAAGGAUACCUCAGACAAAAAUACAACCGAUACUUUAUCCAAUAUUGUAAGCGAAAAGUUACCUAAUGUGUUUUCUCCAAAAGCAAAGGAUAUGAAUGCUCCAAUUGUAGAUGAUCCUGGAUCCGACUUUAAUUGUUUGAUUAAUUUUGACGAUUCAUCCCUUGAAUUUAUUCAGAAUGCGACAAAAUUUUGUCAAUUUCGUGUGGUACAAGAAUUUUUAAUUCCAUCUGUAAAAAGAUUUGUGCAAAAUACUCCUAUCGAUGAUACUAACUGGAAGAGUCUGGCGGAACCGGGAUCAUCUUUAUUAAACGCACGUCAACUUGCUACAAUAGUUCAAUUCAUUGAAUUAACAAAAGAUUAUAGUUCCUUGCUAGAGCUUAUAAUAUGGGUUCUUGAAAAUUCUAUGGAACGAACUCUUUUCCCAUUGAUUGUCGAUACAAUCAAAAGAUAUGAAAUGAUCUGGGAUGCUAUGGGUAAAUCCGAUGGAGUUUUCGAUGUACUUAUGAAGAAGAACGACCAAUUACGAGAAAAACGUGCAACUGAAAUUUGCAUUGUUAAAUAUCUGUCAGGCGUAAUUCAAGAUCCGGAAAAAAAAUCAAAACUGGAUCAUGAUUAUUCACAAUUUCCGACAAAGUCGCCAUUAUCUGUAACAAUUAGUCGUAAUAGAGAUCGGCUAGGACAAGAUGUUAAGAAUUUAUUGAAUCGAACCCGCGGGUUUGAAUUGUCUAUCGCAUCUAAUAUUGAUUCACGAUGGUUUCAGUCGGAUUCUGUUGAUGUAUAUCUACAUGCCAUACUUGAAUCCUGCACUGAUGUUAUUCAUCGGCAUUUACAGAAUUAUAGUGAAUGGACUGAUGCCCGGAAACUAUUGGAUGUUAUUGGAGAUUUGUUAAAAGAAGUUGGAGAUAGGACAACAGAUGGGUUUGAUGCUGUAUUUUCCAAAAAAUGGUUAAAUUAUUAUAUUCGAGCAGAUGAUGAUGAUAGUCUUCUGAGACAAGAUAGGUUCUUAAUAUUCUUCACAGUCCUUGUUGUUCGCCAUCUUGUUAAGAUAGAAACUAUACUUGAACAUUUAGUUGAAAAAAAUUUGAUCCGAUUCUCAGAUAAAUUAUUGAACAAAAAACAAUUAGACUCAAAUGAAAUAAUUGAAUGUCGUAAUUUAGCUAUUUUAUUGAGAAUAUUUUUAAUACAUAAGAAUGUUUCUUCGGGAAUUCCUUUAACUACAAUGGAAAUUCAAAGGCUUCAAUUUAUUUGUGAAUCAUUUAUUCAUAAUAAUGAUUUCACAAUAAUAUCAAACGUAUUCCAAAAACUUGCCAUUAUUGAAAGUUCAUUAGGAUCUAACGAUGAUCUUGCGAUUGAAUUACAACAGCUUAGAAUGGAUUUUUCUCAGGUUUAUUGGUUUAAACAAUUAUGUAUAGCUAAUAUUGAUAAUGUAUACGAUCGAUUUGUAAAAGGUACUAAGAAACAGAACAAUAGUAAAGAAGUUAAAAAGCUAAUGAUUGAAAUAGUACGAUCAGGUCUUGGAAACUUUUCUUAUGAUAAUGACGUUAUGAACGGUUAUUCAAGCUCAUUAUGUUUUAAAAAUUUAGAAAGAAUAUUUUCCACGGUAAACUUAUGGAAUAUUCAAAAGAGUCGUAUUGAAUUUUUUAUGUGCAUGGACCAAAUAAUGCUACUAGAUUCUUCUAGUAACGGGUCUCUUCAUUCUAACAUGGAAUUGGAUGGUGAUUUAAUUAUGGGAGGAUCGGAAGAAGAUUUAAAUAAUAUAAAGAGUAGAGUAAUUGAAUAUUUCUGGGAAGAACUGGUAUUGAAGGGAAAUAACGAUUGUCUUAUAAUAAGCCAUAUAAUACGAGGUAUUCGAGAAGAUGUAGCUGCAGAGCUUCUGGAACAUGGACUUACAGUAUUAAAAAGAUGUGGAGAGUUGAUUAUAGGUAUCGAGGAAGUGUUCCGAGCUUUAUUGCUUUCAGUAAGAGACAAUAAAAAAGAAUUCAGCGAGGCAUUAAUAAAUCAAAUACAGAAAAUAAUUGACGAAAAUAAAGAUCAUACAUUUGUGCCUUGCAUUAUGACACGUAUAAAAUUGUUCGUUUUGGUAGCAAAUGUAUUGGCUGCUCGAGUUACAGCGGUUGUUACAACUAAUUCCAUCGAAUUUGCAAAUCGAGUACCAGAAUACAACCUCAUAAUGAAAUGGGUGGUUACGUUAAUUAAUUUACUUUGUAGUGAACGAAUUCAUCAAAAUGGGGGUGGUGCUGAUAACUUUGACCUGAUCCUCGAUAUAGUGUCCUUUUUGAUAGAUGAGAUGGGAAAAAUUCCUAGAGCGAUUGUUGUUGCAGAGUUGAAGGUAAAUCGAUAUCACUUUAACAUACCGGUCAUAUGGAGCAAUCGAAUUAAGCGUGUUCUUCCUCUAAAUAUUCCCAAAGAAACAUUAGGUAGACUCAAGCAUGAACUUGAUGCUUGGCAGUUAAUUGAGGGAAUUGGAGAAAAUGAUGAUUUAAAUAAUUCGGCUAUUGAUUUAUCUUGGUAUGAUGCCAAAUUUUAUCAAAAACCCAGUAAACGACUGAAAAGAUCUGAUGAAUAUGAAGAUUAUAAUUUAGAUUUCAAUAAGAAAUAUAAUGAAGAAAACGGUCAUCUCGAACCAUAAUUUUCGAAAAUUAAUUUUAUUUGUAUUAUAUAUUGUAGAUUAUUAUCGAGACAUAAGACAUUUUCUUUUAAAGUAUGGACUUACACAACACUCUGACAACUAAAAAAAGACAUUUAUCAAGUAAUAUCAGACUUGUACGAAAGUUGGAAUCAUUAUAUUAGAAUAAAUUAUAAUUAUUUAUUUGUAACUUAUUUAUUAGAUAAAUUAAAUGGUUUUUUUUUGUUUUUUUUAUUAAAAUAUAUAUAUAUAGAG